CCGGAGGUUUAUUUGCAUAACCGCCUCGAAGGGUAAAUGUGCAUGACCAUAACCGCAUCCGAGGAUUGGGAGUCACUUGCUGAUGGCCACCAUCCUCUGGAACCAAGCAAACAAGCAGACUUUCACCAAGGACGACCUCACCAAUUAUUACAUGUUCGUUUGGAAGCUUUUCUAUGCAGAGUACCUACUUCUCCCAUUUGUACGUUAACUACUACAUCUUUCGCUAGCGAAGAAAGCCUCCGCUCUCACGACAUGCCAUUCGUUGAGCCUCAGUGGGAUGUGAAGGAAAGACGGGUGUAAUCAUCAGCAGAAGCCAAAUGUAUUGCAAAUGGAUUACGGAUGUGAUCAGAAAUGGGUUACACAUGGACUGCAAAUGGGAUUAUAAACUCACAAAUUCGAAUUAUAACAGAGGGGACAUGCGGAGAGGAGGACCUACUUAAUCAUCAUCAUCACACUGUCCCUUUGAUUUGUUGACACAGCUACAUGUUCAUUCCAUGGGUGAGAAGGUAGGGAGAGGUGAGUAGGGAGGGAGAGGUGAGGAGGGAAGGGAGAGGUGAGGAGAGGGAGAGUUUGGGCCACAGAGGGGAAAGAGAGGGCAGAUGGAGAUACUAUCCAAUUCCGAAAAUGAAGUGGCGCUUCCUACAGACGGUUGUCAGUGUGCCUGUUCUGACAGCCACUUGUCAGACUAACAGGUGCCGUAGGAUAAACAAUGGAUGUGGAGAGGGGGCAGAGGGUGGGAGGACGGGGAGAAAGGUAGGGUGGGUGGUGGGCAAUCAGCGUGGCUGUUCUGACAGACAGUUGCCAGCCUGCCUGUUCUGAAAGACAGUUGUCGAUGUGCCUACUCUGACAGACUGUUGUCAGCCUGACUGUUCUGACAGGCACUUGUCAUUGUGCCUGUUCUGACAGACUGCUGUCAGCCUGUCUGUUCUGACAGGCACUUGUCAGCAGAAUGAGACGAGAGGGAGAGGGGUAAGGUGGAUGGUGGAGAAGCAGCGUGCCUUUUCUGACAGACUGUUGUCAGCCUGCCUGUUCUGACAGGCACUUGUCAUUGUGCCUGUUCUGGCAGACUGCUGUCAGCCUGUCUGUUCUGACAGGCACUUGUCAGCAGAAUGGGACGAGAGGGAGACGGGUAAGGUGGAUGGUGGACAAGCAGCAUGCCUUUUCUGACAGACAGCUGUCAGCCUGCCUGUUCUGACAGGCACUUGUCAUUAUGCCUUUCUGACAGACAGCUGUCAGCCUCUGUUCUGACAGGCACUUGUCAGCAGAAUGAAGAAACUGGGAGCAAUCAAUCGCAGGCCAACAACCAUCAGUGGCAAUCAAGAUUAAGGUCUCAAUCAAUUUCAAGAUCAUGAUCGCGAUAGAUGACGAUUGAUGAAGGUCAACCUUGAUGAGCAAGAGCAAGCAGCGCUGGUCUCAUUGUCUACGCAGUCAGCAGGCGGGAAGGAGCCUAAAUGGAUGGAUUCAGAAGAGCACAGUUGCAUACUUUAGCAGUAGGAAUCCAUCAGCGCGCAGUCGGUCGGUCGGUGGAGCGGUCAGUCAGUCGGUUGGGUGAGACUUACAAAGCAGAUGGAGAGGCAAGAAGAUGGAGGCGGAUUAAGAAAAGCUACAAAACCAGCAGUUGUGUACACAGUCAGCAGACGGGAAGGAGCCUAAAUCGACGGACUCGAAAGAGCAGUUUGCAUACUUAGCAUACGAAUCCACGGGCAUUCGGUCGGUCGGUCGGUCGGUCGGUUCGGUCGGUCGGUUGAGACUAACAAAGCAGAUGGAGAGGCAAGAAGAUAAAGGGGAGAUUAAGAUAUGGUACAAAAUAAGCAGCAAUCAAGAUUGAGAUUGAGAACAGGAUCAAUCAAGCUCUGUUAAGGAUAAAAAGAUUGAAAUUUGUGAAUUCAUCCCCGCUCGGGAUCCAUUGAAUUGUUUUGGUGAAAUCAUCAAUCAUCAGUUGAUUGUCGAGAGCACCCGACUGUCGACAAUUUGUCGAGCAAUUCUAUUCUCAGGGUUAUCAGCCAGCUGAUUGUGCCCAUCCCACCUCAGCUCAUCCCAGCCCAUCAUGCCAGCUCACCUGACUGCAUGCCAGCUCAGCUCAGCCAGUUGUGCCAGCUCAGCUGAACUCAGCUCAGGUCAGCCAGCUGUGUCAGCUCAUCAGUUCAAAUUAGCUCAGCUCAGCCAGUCACUCCAGCUCAGCUCAGCCAGUCACUCCAGCUCAGCUCAACUCAGCUCAGCUAGCUCCGCUUCUUGGAAAUGAUAUGUGGGUUGUUGAACCCAUUAAUCAGCAGCGCGCAGCCAAUCAUUUCAGCUCAGCUCCGCCAGCUCACCUCCGAGCGGUUAGAGUAUGGGGCCCACGGCAAAGCCAUAAAAGGCCAACCAAAGGAUUGCCCUCCUCUCUUCCAGUGCACCGCACUUAGUACCUAGCUUUUAGCUUCUCUCCUCUCUUAGUCAGCACCACUUAGCACCUAAUACUAACUAAGUAGGUAGUACUCACUCAGGAGAAAGUUCAGAAGAAGGUUCAGCAGAAGGUUUCAGGAGAAGGUUCAGGAGAAGGUUCAGCUGAGAGAGCUGUUUUGUGACCUAAUAAGUUAAUAACUCUCCAGUAUCUCCAUCUAUAUGAUCUAAUUGCUCUCCACUCAGCACUUGGCAGAGCACUUAGCACCCAACCAAUACUAAGUAGUUAGUACUGGGUUGAGCAGGCUUCAGCUGAAAGCAGCUGUUUUGUGAUUUAGUCACCCUCCUCUCGUCUCUGGCAGUCCGGCAGCCGAUCGUUACGUCCACCCAAGUGUGUGCAGCGGCAGAGAACUUAGAAAUGCUAAUUAUGACAACAAAACAAUUGACUUAGCACUGACAACUUAGAAAUGCUAAUUAUGGAGUAGGCCUUCCCAACCAUGAGAAGUAGUAAGUACGGCUUUCGUAACCCGAAGAAGUUACUUAGUACCUUGUACUUUGUACAUGGUGGUACUUUAAAAAGUCAAGGCCUCGUGGAACUAUACUGCUAAGAGUGAUACUAAGAACCAAGAGGUAGUGGUUUGGUACUUUCUUUUUGGUACUCUCUAGAGUCUCUACUUAAUAAUACUAAGUACCAUACUUUCUUUUUGGUACUCUCUCUACUUAGUAAUACAAAGUACCAUACUUUACUUUCUUGUUGGUACUUUCGUGUUGGUACUCUCUACUUAGAAAUACCAAGUACCAACAAGUAUUUUCUCUGCAGAGUGGUAUUCAUACUAUUCAAGGGACUUAUACUAAGUACCAUACUUUCUUGUUGCUACUUCUCAGAAAUACUAAGUAAUAACAAGUAGUUUCUCUGCAGAGUGGUAUUCAUACUAUUCAAGGGGCAAGAGCUUUGCCCUUAUUUGCACUUUGCACUUAGGCACUAACCAACUACUUCAGUUAGUGUUUUUCCUUCUACGUUCAGAAAGGGUGAAGCUCACUUUCUUAAACAUUUCAACUUCCCAGUCCCAACUAACUCUGAAGAGUCUGGUUCAGUAGCACUCCCUACUUUACGCAAAAUUGUUAUCCUUUUCCCCUAGUAUCACUCCACACUUGCACACAUUCUUCCUUAUCCACUUAGCGUGCAGGCGCUUAGUGCAGGCACUAAGUAAGAAAACUACUUCAGCACUUACCUGCACUAAGCACUUAUCACUUUGGCACUAAGUCACUGGCACUGACCUGCACUUACCUGCACUUAGCAUUUUGCCACUAAGUCAAUGUAUUUACAGUUAGUACUUUGCAGUGUUGCACCUAGCCACUAAGAGUGACUCAGUAACUAGGUCAGUUAGUUCUUUGCACUCACUUGCACUUAGCACAGUUACCACAGUUAGCCACACUGCUCAACUACCUCAGUAACUCAGUUAGUACUUUCUAGUAAGUGUGUGCAGUUCUUUGCACUCACUUGCACCUGUCUCUUAUACACAUCUAGAUGUGUAUAAGAGACAGCACUUGCACUUAGCACAGUUACCACAGUUAGCCACACUGCUCAACUACCUCAGUAACUCAGUUAGUACUUUCUAGUAAGUGUGUGCAGUUCUUUGCACUCACUUGCACUCAGCACAGUUACCACAGUUAGCCACACUGCUCAACUACCUCAGUAACUCAGUUAGUACUUUCUAGUAAGUGUGUGCUUACUCUUAUUUACCACUUCAGCACUUAGUUUCCUCUUAUUUUUUGCACUCAGGCAGUAUGACUUAGUUCCCUCUUAUUUUGCACUCAGGCAGCACGACUACGUCUUCCUUUCACCUUUCUAUGUCCUCUGGACUCGGUGCUUCAUUUGUUAUUGCCUUCAUUCACUCAUUCCUUAUCCAUUAUCAAAUCGCCUUUUUCCAGCUGUCAAUAAGAGUGGGGGUCAACACAAAUUUGAAGAUCUGAACUCUCCUUCCUCCACUUGGGAGUUACUACGUUCCGAUAGAUAUUGAGCUCAGAAAAAGACUUAGCUGCCGACAGCUUAGCCGCCACUGCUCACUAAUCCUCCUUCCCACGAUCAGUCUCCACUCAACCUCUUGAGGCCAAUUGUCAGGCAGUGGGGUGGGUGUGCGGGGAGAAGGAAAAAAGGAAUUGAAGCUGUGAGCUUCUUUCACCCUCUUGAUAGGGUGGGGUGGCGUGGGGGGGGAGGGAGGGGGAUGAUGUGACAUAAGAGUCGUCCGAUCAGCAAUCAAUAGGUUGUUACUCAAAAGGGUUAGCAUCGGUAUCAUUCCCACAAAAGCUGUGGGUGGGUGGGUGGGUGGGUGGGUAGGUGGAUGGAUGGUACCAAGAAGUCAACUAAACCCAGCACUACCUGGGAGAGCAUCCUUUUUCAGGAAGUCGCAAGUACAAUAGGCGUGUAUACACUGAAGUAUGGGGCUAUUCAACCCCACUUGAGGAAACAGGAUAGACCUGAAGCUAUUAAAACAACUCUCUUAAAAGUUCAUCAGCCACGAGCGCCUCUAGAUGUGCCAAGCCUGUGGGGGUCCACGGACGCCUCAUCCGGCAAUAGGCGACCAUAAAUAAAAGUUUUCCAGUGCACCUUGCUGCUGCGGUUUCUUAACCCUUCUCUUCGCCACAGACAGACGUGUGAUGCUUCCUUUUUCCUUUGUUGUGUACUGUUUUGUGAACACGGACUUGUUGAGACCCAGUGAUUGCUUUUCGAUUUUUGUACCACUGACAAUGUCAGUGUCAGAGUGUC